AUGCGGCGGCCCCGGACGCCCCCCCCCGCCCCCCGGGCUCGCAGCCGGGGUCGGUCCCGACCGGAGACGCCGCGGCCUGAGCGGGGCCCCAUGAAGGGCCCGAGCCGCACCGAGACCCCCAGCCACCCCCCGCCGCCGCCCCCCGCCCCGCCGCCGCCGCCGCCGCCCUCACCACCGCCCGUGGACCCUCCGUCCUCUUCCUCCUCGACCUCUCGCCGUGGGUCCAGCCCCCCGUCCGGGGGUCGCUACCUUCUGAUCGACAACCAAGGGCUGCCCUACACGGUGCUGGUGGCCGAACCGGGGGGUCCCGGGACCCUCCGUCGCGCCUUCUCCUGCCCGGUUUGCGGCCGUUCCUUCGAGUACCUCUCCUACCUGCAGCGUCACAGCAUCACCCACUCGGAGCACAAGCCCCACGUCUGCCGCGCCUGCGGCAAAGCCUUCAAGAGAACGUCCCACCUGGAACGCCACAAAUACACCCACGCCGGCCGCAAGCCCCACGCCUGCCCCCUCUGCCCCCGACGUUUCCGGGACUCGGGGGAGCUGGCCCACCACCAACGGGUGCACACGGGGGAACGACCCUUCCAGUGUCCCCACUGCCACAUGCGUUUCGGGGAGAGGAACACCCUCCAGCGACACGUCAGGCGCAAGCAUCUGCCCCGGCCGCCUGCGCCGUGAUGGCGGCGGAGGGGGGUGGUGAUUGGGGGGGGGCGGGGGGGGGAAUGGGACGUGGAGAGGUGGUGGAUGUGGGGCUUGUGGAAGGGUGGUGGGCCUGGGGCUUCUGCACGGAGGGAUGGUGGCCCUGGAGCUCAUCGUGGAGGGAUGGUGGUCCCGGGGCUCGUCGCGGUGAGAUGGUGGUUCUGGGGUUGGGGACGUGGAGGGUUGGUGGCCCUGGAGCUCGUCGUGGGGAGGUGGUGGCUCCAGGGCCCGUCAUGGAGGGAUAGUGGCCAUGGGGUUGGGGACAUGGAAAGAUGGUGGCUCCAGGGCUCGUCAUGGCAAGAUGGUGGUUCUGGGGUUGGGGACGUGGAGGGAUGGUGGCCCUGGAGCUUGUCGUGGAGGGAUGGUGGCUCCAGGGCCUGUCAUGGAGGGAUAGUGGCCAUGGGGUUGGGGACAUGGAAGGAUGGUGGCUCCAGGGCUCACGCAUGGAGCUGGUCCUGGAGAGAUGGUGACCCUGGGGUUGGUGACACGGGAGAUGGUGGCCCUGGAGCUCGUCGUGGAGGGAUGGUGGUCCUGGGGUUGGGGACGUGGCAAGAUGGUGGUCCUGGGUCUUGUCAUAGAGGGAUGGUGGCCAAGGGUUUGGGGAUGUGGAGAGAUGGUGGCCCUGGUGCUCAUCGUGGAGGGAUGGUGGCCCUGCGGCUGGGGACGUGGAAGGAUGGUGGCCUCGGGGCUCCUGCACGGAGGGACGGUGGCCCUGGGGACGGGGUCCGCGCUGCCCGCCCCCCUGUGAAGCUGCUCCCCCCGACCCCCGUGCGAAGCCCCCCUGGCUCUCCCCCACUUGAUGUUGUUUUUUUUUUUAAUUAUUAUUAAAAAGCUCUUUUUUGGUUUUUC